AUGGACUGUAGUAGCCCUCCCGAUGCGCCUGAAGCUCGCAAUCUGAAGAUUUUGGGAUCGUGGAAUGGUGAGUUUGACUGGCCAGUUAGACUUAGGAUUUCCCUGGAGGUCCAGUCUUCUCCUGGCACGAAACUACGACUUUUGGACACCAAUGGCUCAGCUGCAUUCUUAAAGGCUGCAUCAGUACGCCUUAUGCCGGACGAUUGCGAUCAGGGAAACGAGCCGUACGAGAACGAUUCUCCGUUUCCCCAUGUGAAUCAACCAGCCACUAUUCCUGCGGGGUCCUUGCCCUCUGCACAGACUUUUUCCGAUCUACAGGUUACCGUUGCGAAGCCCCAAGACACGACCAAGUCGAUACGUCUGGGGAAAAGAAGCGCUGAAGAUGCAUGCUUAUCAGAUUCCGCAUCGGAUACAAAGGCGGAGGGGCGCGCGAAAGGGAAACGGCCAUCCAAUAGUAAUAUAGAUCAGACCACGAACCACAGCCCGGGACAAGGAGCAAGUACUUCCAAACCGAACAGCCUCGUCAGCAUCGAGACCUUGCUGGAUACAGCACGAGAAGAUAAGCUGUCGGAUGAAGGGCUGAGCAAGCAGAAAGAAAGCCCCAAUUCUUGCAAGGCAGGAGGAAAUGAUGCGCAGCACGUGGAAGAAACUGGUAGGCUUCAUACUAUGCCCGCACUCGUGACACAGUCACCAAAUACGUCGAAGCGAGAAGAGACCAAGUCCACGGAGAGUUCAAAUGCAAACUUAGAAUCUAAGAGCCUCGGAAAGAUUGCCUGGGGCGUUGAACAGGAUAUUCCAUCCCCACCAGUGCUUGAAUUGUCUCGGGGCGACCCAAGUUUGGCCCUCGUGAGCGGAAAUAUUUUGGUGGGAUUCCCCUCCGAUGCAGAACGAGCCAGAUACAGAAUAGAACUCCAUUGUCAUGUCUACGUGGACGAAGACUACCUGAGAGGCUGGAGUACGGUAAGGAUGCCAGGGCUCCCCAACCUAAGAGCUGGAGAGACCGGCGCUUUCCGCUUCCUUCUUCCAGAAGGUCGGGGGCUUGAGUUUCGCACAUUAGAUCUGCUUAGGUGUACGAGGGUAGAAGAUUUCCUCUUUGCUGAAUUUAAAACCAGGGACCUUGUUAUUCCCAUGCGCGUGUGUGGUCGGAAGUUCUACGGUUUUCUCAAAGAGUUCGCCUUGGGUCAGCAAGUGACUGUCUCCUCGGACUCGGAAAACGAUGGACCAGCAAAGUACUACGCCAUGUGCUCGGUGAGGCUGGACCGUCGUUAUGUUUGUUCGGAGAAAUGCUCCUUUUCCUUCUGCCUAGACGGGGGUCCAGAAGGAUCGUUUUAUUGCGAGCUCGAACCCCAAGUGACUGGCCUGCAGGUGAUCCAGAUCCCUACUCAGGAUGCAGCUUGCACUGGUAUUUCUCGAAUUCAGAUUAUCUGUGCGCCAAAAGACCUCGAAGUUUUCUGUUUAACGUGGUCAGUUCUACCAUCUGCGCGCCAGGGAGUUCGCUGGCUUCCACACAUAUAUCCUGUCUGUUCCAGCCACGGGGAAUGGAAUCGGGAGCAUCUUCAAGAGGCAUUUACGGCACUGAGGGAGAAGGGAUUCUUUAGCACCAAAAAGGAGCAUGAUGCACAGCCAACGAGGCAUGACACGCAGCCAACACAGCUGCACGUUACAGCACAUGCCAGUCACCAGCACUCCACGACUUCUGAGCCACUGUCACCAGCUGAGGAAGGAGCUCGCCCGGUCAUUCGCAAUCUGAUUAAGGCCGCCAUUUUUUCAAUCUUUAUUUCAGUCUUUACUUCAAUAUUUUUUACGAUUCUCGAGAAGACUAAUACCAUGAUCUCUAUUUGCUUGUAUGACAAUCAAUUCGCCAUCAAUAUAACAACGGUGGAUCAAACCCUGGACAAUGGCUCUCAAGGUCACUUUGGUGAGAGUAUCUUCCAGAACAGUCAUAGUGAUUUGUGCUCACAUGAGUCAUUCUCUUCACUACUGAAGCAUGAUCAACUAGAAGUCAAUGACACGGGAAGCGACAUCGAAUCCGAAAGGCAGCUGCAGGUCCCUGACGGAGGCACUGAGCCGAUUAUCGGUUCUCUAGAUAAACAAGUGAAUAUGGAGGACGAUGGGAUGGUAAGACCAACAUCAGUCUCCAUGAGGGAUAAGGUUGAUUACUGGCUUGGCUGGAGAGGGCCUGUUGGUGAGGAAGUGUAG